AUCCUUCUCCUAGGGGUAGCAGGAGCAGCACCACCAACAACAACACAAUCGAACCUCCCCAUCGUAGAUCUGGGGUAUGAGCUCCAUCAGGCUUUCUCCCUGGAUGAGCAAUCGCAAACUUACAACUUCAGCAAUAUCCGCUACGCUGCGCCACCGACGGGGUCCUUUCGCUUCCGACCACCGAUCCCCCCAGCUCAAGGAAAUCGGUCGGUAGUGCAGACCGGAGCACAGGGACGGGUGUGUCCGCAAGCUACGUUGAAGUGGGAGGAAGAUGUUAUGCCCGAGUUUGUGGCCGAGGUGUUGUCUUCUGCAUCGGCUGCAGCUUCGCCAUCGGCAUCAGCAGAAGGGGGAGAAGCGUCGACGAGUCCCGCGAGGGAUUAUUCACCCUUCGCCGGGUCGAUAGGGGGCGACGAGAGAGUGACUGAAGAUUGCCUGUUCUUGGAUGUUGUCGUCCCUAGAAAGACUUUUGAACAGAAAGCUCUUCAGCAAAAGCAUCAGAAAGAAGGCAACGGUUUGGCUCCGGUCCUGGUCUGGAUUGAUGGCGGUGGGUAUAUCUCUGGCCACAAGUCGGAGCAUAACCCCAGGGGGUUGAUGCAACGCAAUAUGCUCGACGACGAUGGGAUUGUUUAUGUUGCGCUCAAUUAUCGGCUAGGAGCUUUCGGCUGGUUAUCAGAUGGCAAUGGGACCACUGCUAAUGCUGGUCUCUACGACCAACGUCUCGCACUGGAGUGGGUGAAGCGAUAUAUCAACCUGUUUGGCGGAGAUCCGGACCGCAUCACCGUCAUGGGUCAGUCAGCUGGCGCAGGGUCCAUCGUUCAUCAAUUGGCCGCUUAUGGAGGCAACAAGGAAGCAAAAUACCUGCCCUUUCACCAGGCCAUCAUCCAGAGUCCCAUGUGGUAUCCCUUGACGGUGAACCAGCAAACGUCAGCGCGAGACGCAUUCCUCGAAUUGCUGAAUGUCUCAUCCAUCGAAGAGGCACGGUCUCUUCCAUCGGAUCGGUUGAUUUCGGCCAAUGCAUAUCAAAUCGCAAACACGCUCGUCUACGGAACCUUUACUUAUGGACCGGUCGUAGAUGGAUCACUCAUCGAAGACUUGCCGAGUAACAUCUUGCUCGACCCCGGCUUCGAAUGGCAGGGUCUUCGCAUCAUGACAGGCCAUACUUCCAACGAAGGCCUUAUCUUCACUCCGCCAGCAGGAGUGAACAGCUCGGCCUAUUCGACUAUCCUGAGCGACUUUCUCCCGAAUCUGGUCCCCGAAGUGGCGGAGGACAUCGCCCAGACGCUCUAUCCACCAACCUUCAACACCCCAGCAGCCAGUCUAGGCUAUAGCGAUGCGGUUGGAAGAUUAGCUCUGACAAUCAGCGACGCUUUCUUCAGGUGCAAAAACCUGUACCUGAGCACUGCCUUGGAGACCGUAUACGGGUACAGUUUCGCUGUGGCUCCAGGUCUGCACUCAGAAGAUCUAUACUUCACCUUUUAUGACCCUACAGACCCCGACUCGAGCGUCGUCGAUGUCGACGUUGCGUUGAUCAUGCAAGAUUAUAUCGCUUCCUUUGUGCAAGAGGGCCAGCCCUCUUCUUCCAUUGCCAAUGCGACAGUCUGGAACUCUUAUUGGCCACAAGGCCAAGUCUUGAACAUCCAAGCGGGCAAUAUAUUAAGCGUCCCAGAUCCGGUGGACAUGGAUCGAUGCCAGGUGUGGUGGAAUAUCACCGGCUGA